CACCCGCCCGCAGCCCGCCCCAGCACAGCCUCGGACGCGCAGACACUCGGCGAGGCGCCGGGCGAGGUGGAGGUGAGGGCGGGCGCCCGCCAACUCGGAGAGGGGCUCGCUCGCUCCCAGGCGAUCCCAGCCGCCGCCGCACCAGCAGCAGCAGCAGCAGCAGCAGCUUCCUUCCUCAGACUCCCCUCGAGAGGCUGGCCAAGCGGGUGUAGCCGUUGGGGGAGGCUCCCGCUAGGGGAACCCGGCGAGGACAAGAGCAGGGCGGCCGCCUCCCACUCGGGCCGUCCGGCGUUCGGUGCCUGCGCCGCGUGUCCGUCCCGGGUGCCGGGGGACGUGUGUCAGUUUGCGCCUCUGAGAUCACACAGCUGCCUCGGGGCCGUGGGAUGCCCAAGGCAAGUCUCGGCUCUUAUUUGUAUUACUGUUCUUUUUCCGCUUGGCUUUCGGGAAAUAUUCGUGAUGUUGUAGGAUAAAGGAAAUGACACUUUGAGGAACUGGAGAGAACAUAGAUGCGUUUUGUUUUUGAGAGGAGACCCGUCCCCUCUUCCUGGCUGGCUCCUGCUUUGCUGAUUUCAGGAGCUACCCUCCUCCUGGUGAGGUGGGGAUUCCAGCAAGAAUAAAGGUAAAGACGGGCCGCCAAGACCCAGGAGGGAAACACUGACCAUUAGAAACCUUUGCAGAAGACAUUGUAAGGAAGAAAAUAAGAGAGAGCGAAAACACAAAGACUUAUAAUUAUACAAGAAACCUACAAACCCAGCUCUGGAGAAAGACUCCUCCAAAAUGGAUAUGCUUCCUCUCACCUGGGUUUUCUUAGCUCUCUACUUUUCAGGACAAGAAGUGAGAGGCCAACCAGACCCACCCUGUGGAGGUCGUUUGAAUUCCAAAGAUGCUGGCUACAUCACCUCUCCCGGUUACCCCCAGGAUUACCCCUCCCACCAGAACUGCGAGUGGAUUGUUUACGCCCCUGAACCCAACCAGAAGAUUGUCCUCAACUUCAAUCCUCACUUCGAAAUCGAGAAGCACGACUGCAAGUAUGACUUCAUUGAGAUUCGGGAUGGGGACAGUGAAUCCGCAGACCUCCUGGGCAAGCACUGUGGGAACAUCGCCCCGCCCACCAUCAUCUCCUCGGGCUCCAUGCUGUACAUCAAGUUCACCUCCGACUACGCCCGGCAGGGGGCGGGCUUCUCCCUGCGCUACGAGAUCUUCAAGACAGGCUCUGAAGAUUGUUCCAAAAACUUCACAAGCCCCAAUGGGACCAUUGAAUCCCCCGGGUUUCCUGAGAAGUACCCACACAACUUGGACUGCACCUUUACCAUCCUGGCCAAACCCAAGAUGGAGAUCAUCCUGCAGUUCCUGACAUUUGACCUGGAGCAUGACCCUUUGCAGGUGGGAGAGGGAGACUGCAAAUAUGACUGGCUGGACAUCUGGGAUGGCAUUCCGCAUGUUGGCCCCCUGAUUGGCAAGUACUGUGGAACCAGAACACCAUCUGAAUUUCGUUCAUCGACAGGGAUACUCUCCCUGACCUUUCACACGGACAUGGCAGUGGCCAAGGAUGGCUUCUCUGCACGUUACUACCUGGUCCACCAAGAGCCGCUGGAGAACUUUCAGUGCAAUGUCCCUCUGGGAAUGGAGUCUGGCCGGAUUGCUAAUGAACAGAUUAGUGCCUCAUCUACCUACUCUGAUGGGAGGUGGACUCCUCAACAAAGCCGGCUCCAUGGUGAUGACAAUGGCUGGACCCCCAACUUGGAUUCCAACAAGGAGUAUCUCCAGGUGGACCUACGCUUUCUAACCGUGCUCACGGCCAUUGCGACACAGGGAGCAAUUUCCAGGGAAACCCAGAAUGGUUACUUUGUCAAAUCGUACAAGCUGGAGGUCAGCACUAAUGGUGAAGACUGGAUGGUGUACCGGCAUGGCAAAAACCACAAGGUCUUUCAAGCCAACAACGACGCGACUGAGGUGGUCCCAAACAAGCUCCACACGCCGCUGCUCACAAGGUUUAUCAGGAUCCGUCCUCAGACCUGGCACUCGGGCAUCGCCCUCCGGCUGGAGCUCUAUGGCUGCCGGGUCACAGACGCCCCCUGCUCCAACAUGCUGGGGAUGCUCUCAGGCCUCAUCGCAGAUUCCCAGAUCUCCGCUUCCUCCACCCGCGAGUACCUGUGGAGCCCCAGCGCGGCCCGCCUGGUCAGCAGCCGCUCGGGCUGGUUCCCUCGGAUCCCUCAAGCCCAGCCAGGUGAGGAGUGGCUUCAGGUGGACCUGGGAGUACCCAAGACGGUGAAAGGCAUCAUCAUCCAGGGAGCCCGCGGAGGAGACAGCAUCACCGCAGUGGAAGCCAGGGCAUUUGUGCGCAAGUUCAAAGUCUCCUACAGCCUCAACGGCAAGGACUGGGAAUACAUCCAGGACCCCAGGACGCAGCAGCCAAAGCUGUUCGAAGGGAACAUGCACUACGACACCCCUGACAUCCGAAGGUUCGACCCCAUUCCAGCACAGUACGUGCGGGUGUACCCAGAAAGGUGGUCGCCAGCAGGGAUCGGAAUGCGGCUGGAGGUGCUGGGCUGUGACUGGACAGACUCAAAGCCCACAGUAGAGACGCUGGGACCCACCAUGAAGAGUGAAGAGACCACCACCCCAUAUCCCAUUGACGAGGAGGCCACGGAGUGUGGGGAGAACUGUAGCUUUGAGGAUGACAAAGAUUUGCAGCUCCCUUCAGGAUUCAAUUGCAACUUUGAUUUCCCUGAGGAGCCCUGCGGUUGGAUAUACGAUCAUGCCAAGUGGCUCAGAAGCACCUGGACCAGCAGCUCCAGCCCGAAUGACCAGACAUUUCCAGAUGACAAGAAUUUCCUGCGGCUGCAGAGUGACGGCCGGAGAGAGGGCCAGUACGCGCGGCUCAUCAGCCCACCUGUCCACCUGCCCCGGAGCCCGGUGUGCAUGGAGUUCCAGUACCAAGCCACAGGCGGCCACGGGGUGGAGCUGCAGGUGGUGCGGGAAGCCAGCCAGGAGAGCAAACUCCUCUGGGUCAUCCGUGAGGAUCAGGGCAGCGAGUGGAAACAUGGGCGGAUCAUCUUGCCCAGCUACGACAUGGAGUAUCAGAUUGUGUUCGAGGGAGUGAUAGGAAAAGGACGUUCGGGAGAGAUUGCCAUUGAUGACAUUCGGAUAAGCACUGAUGUCCCGCUGGAGAACUGCAUGGAACCCAUCUCAGCUUUUGCAGUGGACAUCCCAGAAAUACAUGGGAGAGAGGGAUAUGAAGAUGAAAUUGAUGAUGAGUACGAGGUGGACUGGAGCAACUCUUCUUCCCCAACCUUGGGGUCUGGUGUGCCCUCAGCUGACAAAGAAAAGAGCUGGCUCUACACGCUAGAUCCCAUCCUCAUCACCAUCAUUGCCAUGAGCUCACUGGGCGUCCUCCUGGGCGCCACCUGCGCGGGGCUCCUGCUCUACUGCACCUGCUCCUACUCAGGCCUGAGUUCCCGCAGCUGCACCACGCUGGAGAACUACAACUUUGAGCUCUACGACGGCCUCAAGCACAAGGUCAAGAUGAACCACCAGAAGUGCUGCUCCGAAGCAUGACAGAUUACACCUGAAUCACAUCUGACGUUUCAUUCCAGCAAGAGGGACAGGGGAAGAUUACGUUUUUUUUCCUUUGGAAACUGAAUGCCAUAAUCUCGAUCAAACUGAUCCAGAAUACUGAAGAUAUGGACAGGACAGGCAGGCGAGUGGAGGGAGGAAGGGAGAUGCAGCUGCGAAGGGGAUUAUUACCCACCUAGGACCGCAGUGGCUGAGUCAUUGCAGAAACGGGGCCAUGUUCUCUGCUAGGACAAAGACAGGAGCUCAUCUCUUUGGGGUCACAGUUCUAUUUCGUUUGUGAGUUUGUUAUUAUUAUUAUUAUAUUUUAUUUUAUUUCUUUGGUCUGUGAGCAACUCAAAGAGGCAGAAGAGGAGCAUGACUUUUCCAGAUGGAAGCAGCGUAAUGAUAAUUAUUUGCUGCUUUCUCUUGCUAAUCAACACUUGAAAAGCAAAGGGCCUUUUUAGCCUUUCUGUCUUGAGAAAUAAAACUCAAAAAAAAGCCGUCCAGCUUAUCCCAUCCUCUGAUCGUCUUAUGACUUCAGGGAUUUGCUGUGGUUAGGUUCUGCCAGCCAACCCUACAAGCUGCCGUAUCCAGUCCUAGCAUUUAAGUAGGAUGUUGUUGCCUUUAACUUUUUUUAUCCAGGGGAAAAUUGCCAUUUUAGGGUCAGCAUGAACAGCUCUGUCUUAUACGUGAUUUAAAACAAACCAGAAAAGGGAAACUUUACACAUCAAAAUCCAUAGAUGCACCUCCACAUUAGAAGCGGAUGAGCCUUAAAGUGCUUUGUGAAUAGGAGCCAUUCAUUAAACCUAGACCCAGGAUUUGUGGCUGUGAGUCUUCCCUUCCAGGGCCUCUGGUGGUGGUUUUGCCUUUUCUUUUCCCUCCCUCCUCCUUGUUAUUUUAAAACAUAUAGAUAUACACAUGCACACACGUGUGCCUGCACGCACACACGUGCACACACACACACACACACUGUUCAGGUCUCUAAGCCCCAGGAAAUAGCACCAUUUGAUAUUCUCAGAGGUGGAGUGGGGAAAAUACAAGCUACUGUUGUGUUUUCUCCAUUGGUGAGUUGUGGUAACCAGUGACCAUGGGAUGGAAAGCAGAACAGUGGGGAAGGAAAGAGAUGCCAACCUCUGUAAUCAUGUGAUGGCAAAGACUGGGCAGUGUAGACGGAGACACUGUGAGGAACUAGUCUCUCGGAAGGGCCAGUAAACACUGAUUUCUCCUUUGGGUUCCAGCCACCGCUUCAGCCUCUCGGGAGAGUCAGGGCUAGGAUAUACAAGAACAGAUUCUAACCAGAAGUCUGCAAGUCCUGUGGACCAAAAUGCUGACCAUAGUGCUUCAGCCCCAGAGAGACUUAGGUUCUUAUUCACACACACAUAUACAUACCAGUUUGUUUUUUAUUAAGUGCCUUGAAAAAAUGAAGAAAAAUGUAUUUUCCCUCUAUGUAGAAAUCAGUGAAUAUCUUACAAUUUAAGGCAUUCCUCCUUCCCUAACCCCAAUGGCUCCAUUCCUGGCUCUCCCAUCUCACAGCUGAUCCUACUAAUGGAAUGAGCCCUGCUACCCGAGUGGUAGUCAUAGCCCUAGAUGAUUCUCAACUGCUCUAGAAAGGGAGCCAUCAGGAACAGAACGAAUCUGUGUGAAGGAUAACAUCGUCCACAUCAAGAUCCAAAUCUUGAUUUCGUAUUAAUGCCUAAGGAUUGCCUGUGUGCUGGAAAUACAUUUGAAACCCAGCCAGUAUGCCCAGCCUAUUGCAUAUCAAUGGUAAAUGUUAGACCAUUUUUGCUGCUAUG